AUGGCCGACCAGCAACCUUCCGGCUCGGGCUCAGGUGCUCCUCCCCCCCAGGGCAAGGCCAUCGCCAGCCUCGCCAAGAAGCAGAGCGACGUCACCCGCCUCGGCACCCAGAAGAUCAAGUUCGUCCCGACCCUCCCCCCGCGACGCGUGAAAGAGGAGCCCAAGAAAGAAGAGCCCGCUGCCGCAUCCGCCUCGUCCGACCGCGGCCGCGGCCGCGGCGCCGACCGUGCUCGCGGCAGGGGCCGUGGCCGCGGCGGCGCGGGGGAAGGGCGCGGCGGCGGGCCCCCACGGCCCCCGCAGGUGGAGAUGACCGCGAGCGGGCCGUUCGCGAUGGGCCCCGCGCUCGCAGGGAUGUCAGGUCCCCGCCGUCCCGCGGCGCGCUCCACCUUCGCGCCCGCCGCGCCGACGCCGUACGGGGGCGCCGCUGCGCUCGGCGCGGGGCUCACCCAGACGACCGCGCCGUCGCUCAAGCGCGAGAAGGGGGCGCAGGAGGACCGGGGGCCUGCGGGGAAGGUCGGCGAGGAGGAGGUCUACUCCGACCCGGACGAGGGCGUGGACAUCGUGGACAUGGAAAACGUGCGGCAGAUGGACUGGAUGGCGCCGGAGAGCUUGCAUAGGGAGCGCGAGGCGGGGCGAAAGAAGAGGAGCACGGUCAAGCGCGAGGAAGGGGUGAGGGUGAAGACCGAGGAAGGAGCGACGAGAGCCUCGGCGAUGGAUGUUGACCGGGAGACCCCUCCAGAGGAGGCUGUGAAUAUGGCCAACGCCGUCGAUCUGAGCGAAAGCGAGGAUGAAGAGGAACUGGAGGACAUUAUCGACGAUUUUGCCCAAAAGCAAGAGCAAAUCGACGAGCCUUCAUUUGGACAAGAACUUCUAUACUUCUUCCAGUUCCCAGAGCCUUUCCCAGUCUUUGAGCCCCGCCCUGCACCACCCACUGCCGAUGCGAAGGGCAAAGGCAGGGCGGACCCUGGUAACGGAGAAGAAUCCACCAAGAAAGUCACCUUCGCUGAAGACACAAAACCUCCAGCACACGGUGGAUCAGGACCGGACGCGUCGGAAAAGGCGGCAGAAGACACUAAACUAGAUGGUGUCGUAGGCCAGCUCGAAAUCUACGAGAGCGGCGCCGUCAAAAUGCGUCUCAAGAACGGCAUCCUCAUGGACAUCACCGCCGCGACACGGCCCUCCUUCCUCCAACACGCCGUUUACCUGGACCCGACCACCAAACGAUUGUGCGUCCUCGGGGAAGUCAACCGGAGAUUCGUUGCGACGCCAGAUCUGGACACCCUUCUAAAUGCGAUGGACGCCGCGGACGCCGCAUCCGCGUUUGACCUUGGGGACGGCCUCCUCACCAUGGAGAGCUAG